AUGACCGAAUCAAAGAUGCAACUAGAAGAUUGGCUGGAUGAUUUAUGUGUCCGAUUCAUUAUCAACCUACCCCACGAAGAACUCGAGUCUGUUGAACGGAUCUGUUUUCAGGUCGAAGAGGCGCAAUGGUUCUAUGAAGAUUUUAUUCGACCCCUCGAUCCUGCGCUGCCCUCGCUUUCACUGAAGGCUUUCAGUCUGCGCAUUUUCCAACACUGCCCUCUGAUGUCGCAAUGGUCUCACUACCAUCACAUGGCGGCGUUCUCUGAAUUCUUAGCCUACAAGACUAGAGUUCCGGUUCGUGGCGCAAUCCUUCUUAAUGAAGAGAUGGAUUCGGUGGUCUUGGUAAAAGGCUGGAAGAAAGGUGCGAAUUGGAGUUUUCCGCGGGGAAAGAUCAAUAAGGGCGAGCCGGACUUGGACUGCGCAAUCCGCGAGGUCUACGAAGAGACUGGCUUCGACGUGCGCGCAGCCAACUUGAUCAAGUCAGAAGACUCUGUCAAGUCGAUUGAGGUGACGAUGCGAGAACAGCACAUGCGACUGUUUGUGUUCCCUGGCGUUCCUCGCGACACGCAUUUUGAGCCGCGAACUCGCAAAGAGAUUAGCAAGAUUGAAUGGUACAAGCUGUCAGAGCUACCGACGCUCAAGAAAAACAAGCAGCAGGAUGAGGGAAUGGCCGUCGCAAAUGCCAACAAGUUCUACAUGGUCGCGCCUUUCCUGCAUCCAUUAAAGAAGUGGAUUGCUCAGCAAAAGAGACUAGCCCUCAAGGACCAGCCAGGCGUCAAGUCAUCUGUGCAUGUUGGGGGCUAUGCAUCUAUGGACGAAGGUGCUAACAAUACCGAAAAUCCUCCGUAUGGAAGCGGCAUGGCUGAUCUUCCAGAAGCUGACGCAGCAGCACCUGCGCCAGAUGUCUCUUCUCAUAUCAAGCAGCUGCUGAGGAUUGGUGGAGGGCAAACUGAGUCGACACCAGUGCCGGCUCCACCUUCAGUCUUGCCCGCUGCCGCAGUUGAUCAAAGCAAAUCUCAUGCGCUGCUGGCCCUUCUCAGAACCGGCUCCCAAGCCAGUUCUUCUCAGGCACAAGAGAACGUCACCCCUCAAGCUCCCAGCGGCGUUGGCUUCCCGUCAAACCAGGACAUCCACUUCGCUCCUGAUUUCUUUCCCGGGUUUCCCUUGCAGCAGCAACAUGUGCGGCCCUCCGAUUUCAUGCCGGAAAGAAAUUUACAGCAUCUUCCUGGUAAUCCUUUGCCACCUUCCCAGGUCCAGUCGCAUCCUCAGUCUCGGUCAUUCACAAUGUCCGGGCAACAUGACCUCGCGAAUCCACCCGCUCUACCGGCGAACCUACACUCUGGACAUCAGCAAUAUCAGAGCAACCACGCGCACAUCACUUCUCAAUUCAGCACCGCACCACCGAGGAACGCUGUGGCUCCAUUCCAAAGGACAGGUGAUCCUCAGUUUUCUGAGAAGAUGGAGCCCUCUCGAGGUCCAGGAGCGGCCGUACCACCAGCCAGCAAACUUCCCCCGCCUAAACUGACAAGUCAUUCGCUCGCGCUUCUCGGCUUUUUCAAAGAUGAGAACAAGACUCCCAAGACGUCGUUUGCAAACCCGGCUAGCGGUUCUGUGACUUUUCCCGGGUUUUCACCUGGCCCUCAUCCUAGCCAAGGGCGUAAAACCUCUCUCCAUCAGGACGGUCUGUUGAAUCUGUUCAAGGGUGCAAAAGGUUCGCCAGUACCUCCGCCUGCAGAGUUGUCUGGCCGCUCAGUCAGCGCCAUGCCACCUUCGCAGAAGCAAAUUCUUCAGCGGCCAUCACCUCUGCCGGAUCAUCGGCAGCAGCGGGGACUUGCAGGGUCCCAACCGUCUACGCAUACGGCUCAACCCUCAGUGGAUCCUCACGCAGCGUCAAGCAAGUUGCAACUGGAGAAGUCUUCCCGGUCAAGCUCGAAGAAGUCAGCCGAUGGAAGCUCAAGGCGCAGAGACAAUUCUGGUCGCCAUAACCCAGGUCAACCCCAAGCGCAGCUUUCCUCUCCUAUCACUAUUUUGCCUCGACCUCGGAGCGUCAAGCGCGAUACAUCAACUUCAGGAACUACGACGUCAAAGCACCAACCUUCGUCACCUCAGGAGGUCCAAUCUUCGCCUGCGCAACCAGUCAAGCCUUUUCAGCCGCAGAUUCUGCGUCGCUCGGACAAGAGUGGGUACCAUGAUAUUCGGGCGACCGCUCCCAAGGUGACUGAGCUUGACCGCCGGUCCAGUCUGGGCGUCGUGCAAGACUCUGAAGGGCUGGUUCUCCCGGCCAAUAUGGAUCGCCGCCCAAGUCAGACCCAUGCGCAGAAGGAGGCCCUCCUCUCUCUUUUCGGUAAAUCGCAAGGGUCGCCGGCAAUGGCAUCAGCUGCAGAGCUUGAAUCCACAUCUCUCCCUUCACAGCCGCCAAAUGUUUCUGGCUUGGUCAGUCCUCUCUCAUCAAUGCACAUUGCUGGCAGUGGUGGACCCGUUUCCCGUCGUGGAACUCCCCUAGAACCGGACAUCGACGAGCCCUCGAGCUCUGGGAAUCGGGUCUCUUCUCCCAGCAACAAGGCAUUCUUACUCAGCUAUUUGCAAGGCGUUGCAAAGGACGGUCGCUGA